AAGAAGAAAAAAAAGGUAAAAAAAUGCGAAUGAAUGUAUGAGCUGCUAUUGGGUCGCUGCUUGACUAGGAUUAGAUUAGGAUUAACAAUACAAUUAUUUAUUGGGUUUUAUUUUGUUGUUUUGAUCGAGCAUUUGGGAACACGGUCAGUCCCAACAACACAGACACACUCAAAGACAGCCUUGUUCGAUCUGAUCGUAAAUCUAAGACAGAUCUCGUUGGCUGGUGGAAAUGGCCGGUGGAGUUAACCGGAAGAUAUCGGCCGCUUCGGCCCGAGCUCACACCCGUAGAGCCAAGCAGAACAGCUCCUUCCGUCUUCCUUCAGGGAUGUUUAGGACAACCCUAGUAGUGUUGUUUAUGGGGUUUCUGGCAUGGGCGUAUCAGGCCAUCCAACCUCCUCCACCGAAGAUAUGUGGUUCUCCUGAUGGCCCUCCUGUUACAGCACCAAGAAUAAAACUUAAGGAUGGAAGGCAUUUAGCCUAUCAAGAGCAUGGUGUCCCAAAAGAAAAUGCUCAGUAUAAAAUUGUUUUUGUCCAUGGUAUCAAUUCUUGCAGACAUAAUGCUGUUGUUGCGGAAAACUUGUCUCCAGAAAUUGUUGAAGACUUGGGUAUCUAUAUCGUAUCUUUUGACAGACCAGGUUAUGGAGAGAGUGAUCCUGAUCCAAAGAGAACAGCAAAGAGUUUGGCUCUGGAUAUAGAGGAGCUGGCUGAUGAAUUAGGAUUAGGAUCCAGAUUCUAUGUAAUUGGGUUUUCCAUGGGUGGACAGGCACUUUGGGGUUGCCUCAAGUACAUCCCUCACAGGCUAGCAGGAGCGGCACUAUUAGCGCCAGUUGUUAAUUACUGGUGGACUGGUAUUCCUGCAAAUCUUUCUAAUGAAGCAUACUACAAACAGUUUCAGCAAGACCAAUGGGCAGUUCGUGUUUCUCACUACACCCCUUGGCUUACCUAUUUUUGGAACACUCAAAAAUGGUUUCCCGCUUCAAGUGUUUUGGCUCAGAGCACAGAUAUUCUUUCUCAACAAGAUAAAGAACUCCUCCCUAAGCUUUUCAAAGGAAAACCUAAUAUGGACCAGGUAAAACCGCAAGGAGAUUUCGAGUCCAUUCACCGUGACAUCAAUAUUGGAUUUGGGACCUGGGAGUUCGGUCCUCUGGAUCUGGAAAAUCCUUUUCCAAACAAUGAAGCUUCUGUUCACAUGUGGCAAGGUGACGACGAUAACAUGGUUCCUGUUACCCUGCAACGGUACAUUGCCCAACAACUUCCCUGGAUUCGAUAUCAUGAGAUACCAGGUGCUGGACACUUGUUCCCACAUGCUGAUGGAUUGUGCGAUACCAUUGUCAAGGCACUUCUAAUUGAUGAGAAGUAAUCUUUUACUUACUGAACAGACUACUUCAGGUUAGCUUAUCUGUGCAUUCAUAUCAUGUGGAGAAUCAAAGUUCAUUUUGGUAUGUACAAUAUUGCUUUUAUACCAGCCAGCUCUGUUAUAGAUUGUUGCAUCAUGAUGCAGUUGCUUAGAGAUUUUCGAAAAGUUGGGUUUGAGAUAAAAUUUCGUGGAAACCUGCAGAACUGUUGCUUGUUUAACUCUGGAAUGCUUAAAUCACAGAAAAAUAUCUAGACAUGUUUAAUUCCUGC